AUGGCACGGAAGCUCCAGCCGCGUCGAUGUGUUGCCAUUACGAUAGAGAUCAUGCACAUUCGUAAUACAGAGAUACAAACAGAGGAACACGCAACAGCGAACGUGACACCGCGGGAGGUGCUGGUGGACGCGGGGGGGCGCCUCGAACUCAGGUGUCACGUGUCAGGUGAUCCCGUGGACACUGUUACCUGGUACAAGGACGGCGUCACGCUCAGGAGGUCGCGUGAGGAUCCGCCGCGGGAGUCCUUGCACGUGGCCCCCGUAGAUCCAUCCGACGCCGGGGUCUACCAAUGCGCAGCCACUUACGGCACGGAUUAUGCGCAUGCGUACGCUCAUGUUACGCUUGGUGCCGCGGCGCCUCAGCUGGUGUAUCGCUUCAUCGAGCAAACGCUGCAACCUGGCCCAGCUGUCUCGCUCAAGUGCAUCGCGACAGGCACUCCCACCCCCCACAUCACCUGGACGCUCGACGGGUUUCCCAUCCCACAUCCGCACAGGUACUUGAAGGGCCAGUACGUGUCAGCUCACGGCGACGUCAUCAGCCACGUCAACAUCAGCAGCGUGCACGUGACGGAUGGCGGCACGUACAGCUGCACGGCAGAGAACAGCGCGGGCAAGGUGACCCACUCGGCGCGCCUCAACGUGUACGGCCCGCCCCACGUGCGGCCCAUGGGCAGGGUGUCGGCGGUGGCGGGCGAGACCUUCACCGUGACCUGCCCCGCGUCGGGCUACCCGCUGCACAAGAUCACCUGGAAGAAAGACGGCGUGCGCCUACCGAUGGGGCACCGGCAGAGGGUGUUCCCCAACGGCACGCUGGUCGUCGAGCAGGUCAAUCGGAAGAACGACGACGGCAUCUACUCCUGCACCGCCUCCUCCAAGCAGGGUCGCUCCGAUACUCAGCAGCUCACUGUGCGUGUCAUGGUGCCUCCCCGGCUGGCUCCCCUGGCCUUCCCCAAGGGCACCCGAGCAGGGAUGCGCGCCCAGGCCACGUGUCUGGUGCAGGAGGGGGACCAGCCCCUCACCCUCUCCUGGCAAAAGGAUGGCCAGCCGCUCGACCCUCGGCUUGACAUCCGCACCUCUCAGAUCGAUCUCUACACGUCCAUGAUGGUGAUUGAGAGUGCCACGGCCGCCCACUCCGGCAACUACACCUGUACCGCCACCAACGCCGCCCGCGCCACCACCUCGACCGCCCGCCUGACCGUUAGCGUGCCCCCAGCAUGGCUAGUGGAGCCAGCUAGUGCCAGUGUGGCCCUCGGGGGCGUCGUGGCACUCCACUGCCUGGCUAAGGGCUUCCCCACUCCGACGGUCGUGUGGCGGAAAGAGACAGCCUCCGGAGAAUUCGCCGGCGUCGCGACCGGGGAAGGGGGCGUGGCCGGCUUCGAGAACGGCACUCUGCUCGUGAGUCGUGCCGAGCGUCGCCACGAAGGCCGCUACCUGUGCGAGGCCAACAACGACGUGGGGGCUGGCCUCUCCAAGGUCGUCACCCUCAGCGUCAAUGAGCCGCCCUGGUUCGCCGUGAGGAGCCAGCGGCAGCAGGUGGUGGUCGGAGCCACGGCGUCGCUCACCUGCGAGGCCCACGGAGACAUCCCUCUGAAGCUGGUGUGGACGAGGGACGGCGCCCCACUCCCCGCGCUGCCAAGAUAUGAGUUGUCGGAUCGGGAAGUUGACACAGGUCAGGUCAGUGAAUUGGUGCUAAGGUCAACGCACGUCGGGGACUCCGGCACUUAUGUCUGCACUGCGACCAAUACCCACGGCUCGCUCACCGCCGACUUCCACCUCCUCGUGCAAGACGUCCCCGGACCACCUUCGGGAGUGGGCGUGGUCGAGGAGGGCGCCCGUCACCUGACCCUGACGUGGACGCCCCCCGAGGACUCCAACGCCCCCAUCUCCGCCUACAUCGUCACCUUCACCGCCCACGACAGCCAGCAGCCCCCAGACGGUAUCUUCAGCGGCCCGCGGGAGGUGACGGUGGAGGGCGACCAGCGACGCGUCAGGAUCGAGGGCCUCCUCCCGUCCACGACCUACGAAUUCACCGUCGUCGCCGAGAAUCGCGUGGGGCGCAGCCAGACCUCGUCCCCCCUCCGGUUCAAGACGCAGGAAGAGGCGCCGUCGGGACACCCUCAGAAUGUUAGGGUGGUGCCUGUGUCGUCAACAGCGCUUCAGGUGAGCUGGGAGCCGCCUCCUGAGAACCUGACUCAUGGGACUAUCCUGGGCUACUACCUGGGUUACAAAGAUGACAGUGAGAGCGAAGGAGGGGCUUAUAACUUCACUACCGUGGGCGUAGACGGAGCGGGCGUAACUACAGCUACCUUGGCAGGACUACGCCCGCAUGCCCGCUACUCCGUGGUGCUACAGGCCUUCAAUUCCCGAGGCGCUGGACCAGCCUCGCCACCGGCUCUUGGAACCACGCUCGAGGACAAGCCUGGAGCAGCGCCGGGUCACGUGACCUGCGAAACGGUGACGUCAACGAGCCUCGUGGUCACGUGGUCUCCUCCUCCCCCAAGGCAGACCAAUGGCAUAAUCACUAGCUAUCGGGUCUCCUAUUCUCAGCUCUCUUCUCACGAGGACGGGCGGAGCGGCAGCGUGGUCUCGGAGGGCCUGAGGGCGACGCUGGCGGGGCUUCGGCCCUGGACCAACUACAGCGUGAGCGUCGCCGCCUCCACUAGGGCCGGGGAGGGGGUGGCCUCCCUGCCGCUCGUCUGCACCACCGACCAGGACGUUCCCGAGGCCCCCGCCCGCGUUAAGGCUGUCGUGUCCGGCCCUCGAGCUGCCGUGGUGUCGUGGGCGCCGCCCGCAAGUCCCCGCGGCCGCAUCACCAGGUACACUGUCCACUGGGCUUCCGCGGGUAGUCGGAGCGCCCCGCACACCCGUCGUGUCAGCCCGCACUCCACUCACCUCACUUUACACGACCUCUCGCACACGGCACACGAGGUGUGGGUCACGGCUUCCACGAGGAUCGGCGAAGGACCUCGAAGCAGCGUUGCAAUGGUGACUCCUUCUCACACAGUGGGCGCGGGCAUAUUUGCCGUAGGCGGGAACCUGACGGCGGCGUGGAAGGAGGACGUGAGUUUACCCUGUGGUGCUGUCGGGGUGCCGGAGCCAGUUCUGACGUGGAGUCACGAGAGAUUAGAAAUUCCCGACACACAUCCCAGGUUCACUGUACAACCGACGGUACGCUGACACUAACGGACAUACAGCGCAGUGACAGCGGCCGCUACACGUGCACUGCUUCAAACCACCACGGUGAUGACUCUGUUACCUACAACCUCACUGUUCUUGUGCCUCCCUCAGCGCCAUCUCUCCACGUGACGGAAACGACAGCCUCGUCCAUAAGAGUUCAAUGGAGUGUUGAGGACACGGGCGGGGCGCCGCUUCAAGGGGCUACGCUACACUACAGGUCAGCCGGCGGGGAGUGGAUGACCGCA